CGAAGUCACAACAAUUUUGAUUGUUUAGGAAAGGCAUAGACUAGCAGAUAAGUUGCAUUUUGUAUUUCUGAUAACAAUAUGCACCAGGAAAUGGAGAAAGACGACUUGCAGUGUCGCAUUUGCUUGCUUCAACCGAAGGACGAGUCCCUUAUUCCAACGCAGCCGGAUUUCCCAGACCAAAUUAAACAAUGCACGGGAGUUGAGCUGAGCGACAAUCCCAACUGGCCCAACCACAUAUGCACUAGCUGCGCCCUUCUUCUACGAGCAGCCCUCAAACUCCGAAUCCUCUGCCAAAAGGCUGAAAAGGAGUUGCAGCAGUUGGAACAUCAAGAGAUUCAUAUCCAAAUUCAUCAUGACGACCAGAGAGUGAAGCAAAAUAGUGAUUCCCAGGAUUUGCCCAGCAAGGAGCCCUUUCCCAGUGACAGCGAUGUUGAGUACGACUACCUGGAAUCCUACGAUGUGACGCUGGAGAACAGCGAGGAUGCAGCCUGUAGUGCUGAUGAAAUGGUCAGCAUAGAACCCUCUAGCUGCACGCCAGAGGAAUCGAUCUAUUCACUGAGUCCAAAGCCGGAAACAGGAGAAGAGGAGGGCGCUUGCCAAGCUCAAUCCUUUGCCUGUAAUAUUUGCCAAAAUGUCUACAUAGAUAGGGUCAAACUGACUACCCACAUGAAGGUCCACAGCACCGAAAAACCACAUGAGUGCGAGAUCUGCCAUAAACGAUUUCGACAGACUCCGCAGCUGGCGAGGCACAUGAACACGCACACCGGAAACCGUCCCUACAAAUGUGAUUACUGCGACUCUAGUUUUGCAGAUCCUUCCACGCGUAUUAAGCAUCAAAGGAUCCACACCAAUGAAAGACCAUACAAGUGUAAGUACUGCAGCAAGUCCUUCUCCUACUCCAAUGUUUUGCGAGUUCAUCUCAAGACCCACACGGGUGAGCGACCAUUUUCCUGCCAGCACUGUCAAAGGACCUUUUCCCAGCUCCACCACAAAAACGCUCACGAAAGAUCGCACAGGCCAAAGAAUGACCAGAAAAUCUAGAAGUCGCAGGACUUCUCUUUUAAAACUUGUGGUACAAACAAAAAAAGUUCUAAAGAAUAAACCUUCGUUUUAAGAAUGGUAUUGGUAACCCAA